GUUUACGGGGAACAUUUCCUAAAAAUUUUCCCAACAUUCUUAUUACACCCGGUAUAACGCAUAAAUACGUAUAAUAACAAUAUUAAUAUGAUGCGCAUAAUACAUGUCGCGUUUACAUAAUACACAUACGGAUGCUGCAACUGGGGCGGAGAGAGCGAUGCCAGAUGCCAGACGGCACGUUCCGCCGCACGUGACGGAGAGACGCGGCCGCCAUCUUGCGACGGGAACGGUCGCCGGCACGUUCGUUGCCGACGGCCACGGCGUUUUACGACAGCGCGAGAGAGCUUCGGGUCGCGCGGCGGUAGUUGCGGCACGUCACUCCGUGACGACGUUUGCUGCGUCGUUCGGUUGAUCGUGGAGAAGGAACACGAUCCCUUGCGUUUUGCGCUCGGCUGAUGGGAGUGCUAUCCAAGCGUUAUCGUCGCGACGGGGCUAAUUGCGGCAAUUUACGUCUUCGCCGGCGACAAUAACAGCGGGACACGUAGCUUCGACAGAGAUAAAGAGAAAGGGAGAGAAAGAGACAGAGGGAGAGAGAGAGAGAGAGAAAAGACGCGCGCGCUCGCGCCAGCGUGUCUCGCUCUGCGGAGAAAUCGCGACGGCAUUUCCGCUUGUCCUGGGGACCGCCGGAUGCACGGUACGGCAGAGACAACGGUUGAGCCGGCGCUGGAUUCCAACGUCUAGUCUAAUUCAUUCGCGACAUCAUAUCGCGAAUUGGGAAACAUGUACGGCACAUUACAAUGGCUCGAUCAUGGCUAGGAUGUCUCUUCGGUGUCUUAGUACCGUCCGUGAUCUUUUAUUUGUACCUGCUACUGAAUGUCCCAUCCGUGGAGAUAGGCAAAACGAGCGUUGGAGGGAAGUGGCGAUCGUUAUCGUUGGGGGUGGAGAGAUCGAGUUUGCGGGUGGAGGAUCGCUCACUCGAACGAUCGCAGUUAAAAAACAAUUUCGAGGUGAAAUGCAACACGAUACACAUAGCCAUGGUGUGCGCCGGAUACAAUUCAACCUUCGCCCUCGUAACCGUAGUGAAGUCCAUUCUGUUUUAUCGCACGAAUCCGUUGCAUUUUCAUUUGCUCGUCGACGAAAUUGCGAGGAAAACGCUUUCGACCCUGUUCCGAACGUGGGAUUUGCCACAUGUGAACGUAACGUUCUACGAGGCUGAAACUUGGGUGCCGAGGGUCUCCUGGAUACCGAACAAGCACUACUCGGGGGUUUACGGUCUUCUGAAGUUGAUACUGCCGGACGCGAUGCGGGAGGACCGGGUGCUCGUGCUGGACACGGACGUGACCGUUCUGACCGACAUGUAUCCGUUAUGGAGGAUGUUCGAGAGGUUCUCGGCCGUUCAGACCCUGGGCCUGGUCGAGAACCAGAGCAACUGGUACGUAAAGGCGUUGUCGUACGGCCAGCGACCGUGGCCGGCCCUGGGCCGCGGAUUCAACACCGGCGUGAUGCUGAUGCACCUGCGACGUUUACGGGACGGAGGAUUCGCGAGCUCCUGGGAGGGCGUGACGAAACGCGUGCUAGGAUACAUACCGGAGACCAGCUUGGCCGAUCAGGACGUGAUAAACGCGGUAAUCAGCGAGCAGCCGGCUAUCGUGUACAGGAUAGAAUGUACCUGGAAUAUACAGCUGAGCGAUCACACGAUAAGCGACACGUGCUAUCGCGACACGAAUCGCAUAAACAUACUCCAUUGGAAUUCCCCGCGAAAGCAAGACGUUCACAAUAAGCACGUUAACGAGUUCCGGAAACUGCACCGGGUCUUCCUCGAGAUGGACGGGAAUCUGUUGCGAAAGCGCUUAUUCGGCUGUGACAAACACGAAAGCGCGCUUCCAUACAAUGAAUCGAGCCCGUGCCGAGAAUUCGAGAAAGGCGCUACCCUUUUGUAUCGCACCCACCCCUUUCUACUCGAGUACGAAUACAAUGUGUACUCGCCGACGGAUGUUGCUCUAGUCACUCAGUGUAGCGUCGAGAGGAUACCGCUGUUGGAGGCGUUGUCGAAACACUGGCCGGGGACCAUAAGCGUCGCGCUUUACCUGACCGACGCGGAGGUUCAGAAUUUCCUAGAUUUCAUGCGGAGCUCCGCGGAUUUGCGAACGAGAAGGAACAUCGCUUAUCACGUCGUGUACAAAGACGGGGAUCUUUACCCUAUUAAUUAUUUAAGAAACACUGCGAUAUCAUAUGUACCAACUCCAUUCGUCUUCCAACUUGAUGUCGACUUUUUACCACAAUUUGGGCUGUACGAAAAUAUCAUGAACUAUAUCAAUCGUUUAAGUAUCAACGAAUCGGACAAAGUAGCCCUGAUCGUGCCAGCAUUCGAAACUGAACGCUACAGGUUUACAUUCCCUGCCAACAAGGAAGAACUAUUGAAAUUUCUUAAACGUGGUAUUUUGUACACCUUUCGCUAUCACGUUUGGACGCAGGGACACGCCGCUACGAAUUACAGCCUUUGGCGAAAUAGCACGGAGCCUUAUCAAGUUUCGUGGGAACCAGAUUUCGAACCUUAUAUAGUAGUUUCAAAAUCCGCUCCGCUUUACGACACUCGAUUCGUCGGAUUUGGCUGGAAUAAAGUUUCAUACGUGACCCAUUUAACGGCGCUAGAUUAUAAAUACAUGGUUCUACCAGACGCCUUUAUUAUUCAUCGACCUCACGCUCCUAGCUUAGAUAUCGCUAAAUUUAGAACAGAUUCUGUUUAUAGAAGAUGUCUUAAGAAGUUGAAGGAUGAAUUUGUCAAAGAGCUGAUGGCAAAAUACGGUGAGACUGCAUUAUCGAAACUAAAGAAAGAGACCAAAGAAGAGAAAGCUUAAGAAAUUAUAUAAUUUUAACAUUUUAAAGUACAAUGUAUAAGAGUCCGUUAUAUUUUUACUGAAAACCUGUUUCAUGAAAUUAUGAAAACCUGUAUAUCGCUAUUUUCUUAAUAAAAAUGUAUAUCCUUUUAAA